GGGCUAAAGUGGGCGGGACGUGAAGGACCAUGGCGAAAAAUUCGAAUUGCGGAGGAUUUAAAUCGCAGGAGGAGAAGCCGCCGCGGCCCAGUAGAGGAAGUCCUCUGUUGAACUGAGACAUUAAAAGUCUAACCACCAUAGCUAAUUUGGAUCGUAAGCAACCAAAUGAAUGAAUGGGAGCAACUGUGGUCUUGGCAAGUCCAGAAACAUAUAGGUAAUGUUCUUUGGGAGCAGAAAAAUAAAUGUUUAGAAACAAACCCGUUUACUAAAAAUAUUUAAAAAGAAGAAGGGAAAUAACAUAUGUUGAGUGCUUCCCAUGUGCAAUUCCAGUGUGAGGGCUGGAUGUUUUACACAUUAUCCCUGUUAAUCCUUGCAAGAACACACAGGAGAAGAGCAUCAUUCGCCCUAUUUUACAGACUGAGAAGCUCAGGUCAGGAAAGUUAAAGUUUUCUAGAUCAUACCCAGAAAGUAUCAGGGUUGAUCUGAAGAAACUAAGUUAAAACUUUGCCUUUUAGGUUACAUAUGAGGAUAAUUUACUAAAACAUCACGCUAUGCAGAAAAACUCCAAGAGAAACAAUAAUUCAAGAAGUUCUGACAUAGACUUGAACUCUGUGGAUGCUGAGAAGGCAAAAAAAGAGAGUCAAAAUAACUUUGUUGAACUGCUGCCUCCAGAAGUUACUUUUAAAAUUUUCAGUCAGCUGGACAUUCGGAGUUUGUGCAGGGCUUCAAUGGCAUGCAGGAGCUGGAAUUACGCAAUAAGAAACAGUGACUCUUUAUGGAAACCUCAUUGCUUGACCGUAAGAGCUGUGUGCCAAAGAGAAAUAGAUGAUGAUCAAAAAAGGGGUUACUCCUGGAGGGUAAUACUACUGAGGAAUUACCAGAAGAGUAAAGUGAAAUAUGAAUGGUUAAGUGGCAGAUACAGCAACAUAUGUUCUUCUGUUAGCCUACCAGAAAAAAUCAUGUACCCGAUGGAUGCAGAUACAUGGGGGGAGAUUCUAGAAGCAGAACUGGAAAGAUAAGCAGAAAAAUCACAAACAUCUCAUAAAUUUGAGAGUUUAAAAUGACUCGUAAGUUGCAAAAGGUAUAUCUUUAUCCAUUCAGUUUUUUUGUUCACCUUUUUAAUGUUUAACAUUUAAAAGAAAACUAAGUGGAAAAUAUGAUAAAAGUAAAGCUUUGUUUUUAUUUUGCACUUUAUUAGUAAAAAAUAUUUUUCUGGUUUUAUUGUAAUGUGGAAAAAUCAUGAAAUGUUAUUUAUAUAAGAAAUACUGUACUGAUAGAGUGAUUUCAAAAUGUAUUGUUUCAUGUAUUUGUAUUAGUAUAUUGCAGUACUUUAAUAAAGAUAAGAGAGUUUGGUAUUUUCUGCAUAAUAAUAAUUUAAAAAUUCAGGAAACCAUUCAAAGAAACUGACUUAGAGAAUCAUUAAGUAGUAGACAUAACGAGGCUCAUGGGAAGACUACCUAAAUGAAAUUAAUAGCAAUAUGUUUAAAUGUAUAAUAAAUUUUUAUUUCAGUAACUUAAAAAUUUCCACUUCAGUGGAAUCAGAUUGAAUUGUCACACACUGAAACCAUUUUAAAAUGUGUUUAAAAACUUGUGGUUUAGUUUAAAACUAAUCUGACCAAAUGGCUAAAACUUGUGAGAUUAAGAUCCCGUUACUUGCCUACAGACCUGGAAUUGCUCUCAGGGGCUGAAAAUAUGUGGAAAGUUUCCAGAAUACUUAACUGCCAUCAGAACUGCCACACUGUUUUUCUUGGUGAAACUUUCUUUCUGACAGCCUUACGGCACCAUCUAGUGUACUACUUGUAGAUAACCAAGACAAAGGACUUUCAGCUCCUUUCUGUUUUCUCCACAUUUAAAAGAAAGAAAAAUAUUUUAGAGAACCCUAUAUACCUAACUUUGUUAAAGUUUAUAGUUUUCCAGGAACCUUUAAUUCGUUUUGUUCUCUUUUUCUUAAAAGUAGAUGAUAUAGGGGCCGGCCCGGUGGUGCAAGCGGUUAAGCGCGCGCAUUCCACUGUGGCAGCCCCGGGGUUCGCUGGUUCAGAUCCCGGGCGCACACCGACGCACCGCUUGGCAAGCCAUGCUGUGGCGCUGUCCCAUAUAAAGUGGAGGAAGAUGGGCACGGAUGUUAGCCUGGGCCCAGUCUUCCUCAGCAAAAAAGAGGAGGAUUGGCAGAUGUUAGCACAGGGCUGAUCUUCCUCACAAAGGAAAAAAAGAAAAAAAAAAAAAAAAAGUACUAUACCAGAUUGUUCUGAAUCUGUGGUCAGCACCAUAGUAAAAAGUAUCUACAAAAAAAUUUUAGUUAGUAUGGGGUUUUCUUCCAAAAGUGUGCUCGAUAGCACAAAAAAUGAGAAUCCAGGAAACCAGUAUUUAACAAAUAGGCAAAUAUCGGAGAGAUGCUCCACUCUAUACAAAUUCCCAUUAUUGGAUCAAGCACCUGAUGGUUGGUUGUCUCUGACUGUCUUCUUAGAGUUGGAAGGGGCCAGUCCAGUCUCUAGGACUAUUUGACAAUUCCAUCUAUAGGAAUGUUCUUCUCACCCACCAGUAAUUCUUUUCUUGGCAAACUCUUUUUUAGAACUUAUCAUCUUGACCUGGAAACCAUCCCUAACUUCUAUCAUUCUAGAUUAAGUGGCCCUCUUAAGAUUCCUGUAGUUCCUUGUGCACACCACUCUCAAAGCUGUCGUGCUACUUUAAAUUGUCUGUUUUAUUUGUCUGUUUCUCCGUUUAGACUGUGAACUUCUUAAUGGCAGGGACCAUUUAUUUAUUUUUCUACUCCUCAAACCUAGAACAUAGUAGAUAGUCCAUAAAGAUUUCUUAAAUUAUUUCUAUAUUAUUUAUUUUAGUCCUACCCAGAAUGUUUAAUAAAAAUAAUAUGCUAUAUUGUUAGCGGAUAAGACUGUAUUGAAAUGCAAUGUACAACCUGUAAGAUGUAUGGGAUGCUUAAUAUUAAUGCUAAUAUAUGAAUAAUUGUUCUAGUCUUCUCAAAAGCUGUAAGAGAAAAAUAGGAAAGUAGAAAUUUUUUGUUUUAUUUUCUUUAAUAAACAUUUGAAAAUAAACUUAACCCAAAAGUA